AAUCAUUCAUUGGCCGACUUUUACCAUGUCUGUUAUUCUUUAACUACUCCAGACCUGAGAUACACACCUCCCCUCACCCAAACAGACGGGAGAGCUAUAGGGGAGAAGAGGUUGAAUGAUUAAGCGUGGGGGGGGGGGCGUUUACAUGCCAAGGCUGGGUGUUUGGACGCUCAAACGAGGUGGGACAGAAGAUGAUUUGAACUUUUCCCGGGGCCAAUCGCCAAGCGACUCCACCUUCUGCUCUGAAGAUAUGUUACCGUUAUGUGAGCAAUCAGCACCACAGAGACAUCAACCGAGUCCAACACAACACGCAGCCGGAGGAGACCUCUGACUAUAACACAAAGUGAAGACAUGCCUUCUGCUGGAGUGGAGAUACUUGGAGUGUCUAUGGCCGUCCUGGGAUGGAUCUCGGCCAUUGUGUCGUGCGCCUUGCCCAUGUGGAGAGUGUCGGCCUUCAUUGGGAUGAACAUCGUCACGGCUCAGAUCACCUGGGAGGGCAUCUGGAUGAACUGUGUGGUCCAGAGCACGGGUCAAAUGCAGUGUAAAAUCCACGACUCCAUGUUGGCUCUAAGCGGAGAUCUCCAGGCCGCCCGUGCCCUCACCAUCAUCUCCAUCGUGUUGGGCGUCGUGGGACUCCUGGUGGCCACGAUGGGAGCGAAAUGCACCAACUGCGUGGACGAAGACACGGCCAAGGCCCGAGUGAUGAUAGCUGCCGGGGUGGCUUUCAUUGUGGCGUCUUUCACCCAGCUUAUCCCGGUGUCGUGGUCCGCCCACACUAUCAUCGUGGAGUUCUACAAUCCGAUCAUACCUGAGGCACAGAAGAGGGAGAUAGGGGCAGCUCUUAUGUCUGUAGGCCUGGAGCUGAUCGGCAUCUCCCUGUGCAUUUUGGGAUGGAUUAUUGCCAUCGUGGCGUGCACCCUCCCCAUGUGGAGGGUGACGGCUUUCAUCGGCAGCAACAUCGUGACAGCUCAGAUCAUCUGGGAGGGUCUGUGGAUGACCUGCGUGGUCCAGAGCACGGGUCAGAUGCAGUGUAAGGUCUACGACUCCAUGCUCGCCCUCUCGCAGGACCUCCAAGCUGCCCGCGCCCUCACCGUCAUCUCCAUCCUGCUCGCCAUCUUGGCCGUCCUUGUCGCCAUCGCCGGGGCUAAGUGCACCAACUGCAUAGAGGACGAAGCGUCCAAGGCCAAGGUGAUGAUCAUCUCCGGGGUCUUCUUCAUCGUGUCUGGAGUCAUGCAGCUCAUUCCUGUCUCCUGGUCGGCCAACACCAUAAUCAGGGACUUCUACAACCCUCUACUGACGGACGCUCAGCGGAGGGAGCUGGGAGCCGCUCUGUACAUCGGCUGGGCGGCUGCCGCGCUGCUGAUCCUCGGCGGUGGACUCCUCUGCUGCUCCUGUCCGCCACGGGAGACCAGGUACAACCCUUCACGGAUGGCUUACUCUGCCCCGCGGUCCGCAGGAGGCCCCGGGUUAGAGAGGAAAGACUACGUGUGACUGAAGGUCAAAGAGUGAAAAAAAAAAAAAAAAAAAAAAAAAAAAGACAUUUUCAAAUCUGACAAAAGCUCUCCUCCGCACCAAUCCGAAGGUGAACUGAGGAAAAGAGCUCACAGGAACAAGGAGACUCCGCGAUGAAGGAUCGCUUUGAUUUAACCCCUUAAUGCUUCACGUCUCUGAAUGAGGCGUCUUGUUUUCAGAGAAUAAAAAAAUAGACUCCGCAGACACUGGAGUGGAAAUUUCCCUAAAAACCAAAAAAACAAUUACAUUUCUGUUCUUAGAGCUCCGGCGUAUUUAAGGUCAACACGCUUCAUGUUGGUGUCAUUACAAGCACACAUUUGUUUAUGCGGUCUCAGCUCCUUCAUGUUUACCACUGAAUAUUUUUUUUUUUUUACAAAAAACAAUUGUGCCCGCUCCAUGUUUCACCCUCACACGAGGCACCGCUGUGUACAAAAUGGAUGUGAAAUGGUCACCAACAGGGUCAUGUUGUACGUGUAUGAUUAAUCGUCUGUAAGAGUCAUGAGAGAUGAUAACUGUGUUCAGUGCAGCUUUUAAGUGCGGUGUGGUCAGGGUGGGGACGGGAGGCUUUGUGAACGCUCGACACUGGCAGCACUAAAGCACCUGCGUUCACCCAUAAUGGCAAUCAUGUCUGUGUAUUAUAAACAAUGUCAGUCCAGUUCAUGUAUUUCAAAAUGUGUUUUUUUUUAAUAAAAAUGUUUUUUUUUUUUUAAAUAA